UCCCAGGGUCACAUGAAGCGGAGGAGCCAGUCGAUUGCAAUUUCAUUUACACUCCAAUAUAAAUAUGCCAAGGGAGAAAUAUAGAGAGGCAAAGGCAGCCUCUUUUCUAGAUUUGCACAACAACACGGACAAAUGGGAAAAAAAAUACACAAUAAUGGAAUGAAGCCUGUAGCUGUUGGAAUCACAAAUGUCUGCUGCUAAAUACCUGGAGCCAACUUCGCUAUAAGUAGUGGAGAUAAUUACUCCUGAAAAUUUGAAGUAGCUACAUUUUUUUCCAGCUAGUGAAGCCGCAGCGGCUAAGGAAAGGGAUAAACAAAAAACAAAAAAUUAAGGGAAAAGAAGAAAAUAUUUGUAGGUUUGCUGUGGAGGUCGAGGGUUCGAAUCGUUGUGGAUUUCUUUUUCCCUAAAUUUUGAUACAGCUUUCUGGGUAUUUGUUUGAUCCGGUGAUGGAAAGUUUGGAGCCCGUGCAGAGAGAAGGUUCGCCUGAAGGUGAUGGUAAUUUAUCGGCCAGUGCAACCCUAGCAAGGGACGCUGCCGGUUUGUUUCAAUCUGGGCACUACCAAGAGUGCAUUGGCGUUUUGAAUCAGCUAUUGCAGAAGAAGGAGGACGAUACUAAGGUCCUUCAUAAUAUUGCUGUGGCAGAGUAUUAUUCUCAUGGGUGUACAGAUCCACAGAAACUGCUUGAGGUUCUUGACAAGGUUAAGAAGAAGAAUGAGGAACUUGCCCGUGCAGCUGGGGAUCAAGUUGAAGGAAUAAGCAACAAUUCAAACAAUAGCAGUACAUUGGUGCCUAAAUCCAGCAGUGUGCCUGGUGCUCAACAAGCAUCCACGUCUUCUAAUUCAGAUGGUGUUACAUACUUGGAGGAAUAUGAUACAUCCAUUGCCACACUUAAUACUGCAGUUAUCUUAUAUAAUCUCCAACAUUAUGAAAAUGCCAUGUCAGUGUUGGAACCAGUAUAUCAGAAUAUAGAGCCAAUUGAUGAGACAACAGCUCUACGUAUCUGUCUUCUUAUGCUGGAUAUUGCAUUAGCUUCCCAUGAAGCAGCAAAAGCUGCGGAUGUGGUACAAUACAUGGAGAAAGCAUUUGUUUUUGGUUAUGUAGCAGAGAGUGGGAGUAACGUGCAGUAUCAGUCAACAAAUCAACCAUUAAAGCCUUCUUCAACCCCAGUGAAUUUAACAGUAGCUGAAGCUGCCAGUGGUGCGGCAAUUAUGAAUACUUCCACUGCACCUGUUGCUAUAGUCAAUAAUGAGAGCAGUCUUACGCGGACAUUAUCAGAUGAAGCCUGUGACUAUGAGGCUCUAUUGUCAACUUUUGACAGUGAUAGUCAAAAUCUAGGAAGGUCUUCUGCUCCUUUGUCAAUAUCAACUGAUUUAGCAAGACCAACUGUAGAAAGACCAGCACCUGCAAAUGACUUGAAACUGCAAUUGCAUCUUUACAAGGUUCGGCUUCUCCUUCUUACUAGAAAUCUGAAGGCAACAAAACGAGAAGUGAAAUUGGCUAUGCAUAUUGCCCGUGGGAGGGAUUCAUCAACAGAAUUGCUCUUGAAGGCUCAGCUGGAGUAUUGUCGUGGUAAUCACCGUAAAGCCAUAAAACUUUUGACAACAUGCAGUAGUAGAGCAGAGCAAGGGAUGUCAUGUAUGCUCUGGAACAAUCUUGGUUGUAUUCAUCACAAAUUGAGGAAAGACAAUAUAGCAGCUAUAUAUUUCAAGAAGGCAUAUCAGAGUAUUGCAUCUCUUGGUGCUGAACAGCCCCUCAAUCUGUCAAAAUUUUCUCAGGAUAAAUCUCAAUCUAUCAUGUAUAACUGUGGUAUGCUACAUUUGAUGCGUGGGAAUCCAACUGUAGCAGCUCAAUGUUUUCAACUAGCUUGCUGCCUUUAUUACAAUCAACCUCUUCUAUGGCUACGUCUUGCAGAGUGUUGCAAUUCUGCCCAGGAAAAAGGUCUAUUAAAAAUGCCCAAAUCUGAUUCAAGUGUUAGAGAGGAUUGCCUGAAAGUAAAUGUUUUUGGUGAUGGGAGGUGGCGUCAUAUUGUGUUACAGGAUGGAAUCACCACACCCUUUUCAUCAGAAAGCAAGUCAGAUUCAGAUGAAGGUUUUGAUAAUCUGAGCCCAUUUAUUCCUGUGGAGGAAACAUUUUUCCAGCUUGGUCAACCAGUUAAACUUUCUAUGUUAUUUGCACGGCAGUGUUUGCAGAUGUCAUUAUGGCUUCUUAAGCGAAAUGACAAUAGCCUUAUUGAGUCAGUCUUAUCAACUGAAAAGACAGAAGAUGAAGACUCAAACCAAGCAACAGUAGGUUUUAGAAAUCAUAAUCAAAACAGUACAUCAACUGGAGAAUCAAGAGGGGCAUCAAAUACAACUGCAGGAUUGACAAACCAAGUGAAUGCAAAUGGUGAUGCCAAAGAAUCCAAAGGCAAUACUGGUUCAGGCAAUGCAAUAUCUUCCUCAGUUGAUACUUAUGAAGAAAUGCGAAGGAAGGAAAACAUGUUGGUAACUCAAGCUGUUUUGGCAAGCCUUGCAUAUGUUGAACUGUCCCUUGAGAAUCCUUUGAAAGCAUUAACUACUGCAGAGUUGCUUUUACAGCAGCCAAUGUAUUCAAGGGAAUACAUAUAUCUUGCUCGCAUAUAUGCAGCUGAAGCUUUGUGCCAUCUAAACCGCAUCAAAGAAGCAGCUGAGCAAUUGUCAGUUUGCAUGGAAGAAGGCAACAGUAUUGAUUUAGCUGUCAAUGCCAAUGAAGAUGGCCACAAGUGGAGAAGUGGUGAAAAUAGUGAAGCCAGUGGAGAUGGUGAAGAUAAUUCUGUGGUCUACCAUCCAUCUUUAGCUGGAAAUUUGGCUGAAUCUCAAAAUAUCUCUCAUAUAACAGGAGGUCGAGCGCGUUGCUCUCUUUAUGUAAAUUUAGCUGCUGUGUCUGCAAUGCAAGGUGAUUUUCAACAAGCACACCAAUAUUCAACACAGGCCGUGUCACUGAUGCCUACAAGUACUAUGGCUGUGUUGUCAGUAGUUUAUGUGGAACUUUUAGAAGGUAAAACCCAUGAAGCAAUUUCAAAAUUGAAGCAAUACAGGCAUCUACAUGUUGCAUCUCCAACAAUAGUGUCAUGAAGCAGUUGUGAUUUGCAUUUCAAUUGUUGUAUUAUGGGUCUAUUUUAUGACAAGGUCAUAGAGCAGCGACUUUAACUGUACACAGAGUUUAUGUCGGGAGUUUGAAGGGUUGUGUAACAUAAAUCAUUGAGCCCUGAAAUAAGUCUAAAUUUACAGAUGUCGCUAUAUGCUAUCUUUAGGAGCCAGAAUUUGAGAAAUAGAGGCCUUAGGUAACUUUUGAUAACUAAUCAUUGUCAUCAUAGUUCUGUGACUGAAGCUGUGGUCACUGCAAGGAGGGUUACAACUUGCAUUAAUCAGAAUGCAUCAGCUUUUCCAUUGUUUCUUAUUUGUGCUUAGCCUAGACAUUUUUUUAAUAUACUAAAAUUAGUGUUUUAAUUGAAAUAAAUUCAAGUCCUAUUGAAGUUC